GCGGUGAAGACAGCAAACAUGGCCGAGCAGACGGAGUCUUUGUUGGGUUGCACGUCGAUUUCAAGUGUUUUCCUUGUGUUUGUUUAGCAUGCAUGAAGUUGUUCUUGAUUUUCAGAAAACUCUCGUGUCAUAUCAGGGGUGUUUGAGGCCCACUUGAGCUUAUCUGGACCACCGACGUCAAGAGCCAGCAGAAAUGAAUGGACCUGACCUAGCGAAGAUGGGCGGGGCUUCUGGAAAUGAGGGAAAGGACUCUGUAGCCAAUGGGCACGCAGAGAAUGAGUCCGACCCCUUUGCAGAGUACAUGUGGAUGGAGAAUGAGGAGGAGUACAAUCGGCAGAUCGAGGAGGAAUUGCUUGAACAAGAGUUUUUGGAGCGCUGUUUUCAGGAAAUGUUGGAUGAGGAGGAUCAGGAUUGGUUUAUUCCUGCAAGGGACCUGCCCUCGGUGGGACAAAUACAACAACAGCUUAAUGGACUUUCUGUCAGUGACAGCAAUGCAGAGGAAAUCUUGCGGAAGAGCAUGUUAAACCCCGAGGCCAAGGAGUUUGUGCCAGGGGUGAAAUACUGAGGAUCAUUCUUCCCAUCUGCAGAUGUCCCCUUGAACCCGCAUACUCGCAGAGACUCGUGUGCCCACAUUUAGAAUGGUCACACAAAUGCACUCUUUACACACUUUUGAGGGGGCGGCAAUACAACUGUGGAUAACAUUUUGGGUGGGAGGGGUGAUUGUCUAUAAGCUUUAUAUUUCUGUUAUGUAUAAACCGAGUAUUAAGUUCAAACACUGCCUCUAGGAGGUGCUGUCACAAAAGCGAAAAUCAUUACAAAGCUGUUUUAUUUUCACUUCCCUUACUGAAAGACCUGUUCCUGUCAGAUUUUCCUGUUUCACAGUGUGUGCCUGAUCAGGUCUUUGCUUUCCUUCCUUUUUUGUUUUUGUGUUUUUUUGUUGUUGAUCUUUUGUAGAGGGAGGUUUUGAUGUAUCUUUGUUCACAUUCCUUCGUUUUAAGGGAUGUGGCUGGGGGCGGGCCUCUUGGUUCGGGUUGGAUGCAGAGGAAAGGAUGUUGGGGAAUUCACAUGAAUUCAAUUUUUGAUUUUGAAUUGAAAUCGUUACAUGCAGGACUGAAUUUCUUUUAAAAAUGGAAGGAUAAAGGCAAAUAAAGAUGUUCAUACCCAAAUAGAACCUCUUUUGUUUGACUCCACUGAAUUGAUUUGGCUUUAUUUUUAUUUUAUACAAUUCUGGUUGACAAAGAUAAUAAAUGUCAUUGACUUUACAACAACACUUAUAUACUAGACCAGUGCUUCCCAAUCCUGGUCCUCGAGGCCCCCCUGCCAGAAAGUUUUAGAAGUCUCCUUAUUUAAAAAACCUGAUUCAACCAAUCAGCCUCCUUAAAAAUGGUGAACUCAUCUCCCUAACAAGCUGAUGAGUUAAAUCAGGUGUGUUAAAUAAGGAGACAUUUAAAACUUUCUGGAAGAGGGUCCUAGAGGACCAGGAUUGGGAAGCACUGCUAUAGACUACGGACAGGAAUAUUUUGAGCUUUUGACAAACAACACUGGCAUUUGUUUUCACUGUCCAAGUGCUAUGAUAGAUCACUGCAUACUUUGAUCACCUGAUGUACUUUUUCCUGAUGCUUUAACAUUGCACAAAAGACAUGUAUGGGGAGAGCAGAGGUGAAAGUAACGCGGGGCAAAAGUAACAACGAUUUUCUCCAAGCCCUGUUAGGGUCCGGAAAACUAUUUUCGAGCACGGAAAGUAAAUUACUUAAGCAGUACUGCUUCUAGAUCAAUCUACAGGUUAUUGAGUGCUGUACCACAUCCUAAAGUUUGCCUUGUCAUUUAAAUUAUCAGUAUAAAAGUAAAGCCCCAAUCAAAUUGCAAGCGACUAGCAGUAGUAGAGCGACCUGAUCUCAUUUAUUUCAAUGGAAGCUUGGCGACUUUUGGCGACCGUGACCAUUGGUGACAAGAAGUGAGCAUUUCCAUUGGCGUGACAAAGUUGAGAAAAGUUUAACUUUAUGCAAAUUAUGAGCGACUACCUACCUCAUACUCACUAACCAUAAAGGGAUAGUUUGCCAAAAAAUGAAAAUUGUGUCAUUAUUUACUUUAUUUUUUAGAAAUCUUUAUAAUCAAAUUAUAUUCUUUUUCCUACUUUGAAAGUAAAUGGGGUCCAAAAAAUAUCUUCCCUUGUGUUCAUCAGAACAAAGAAAUUUGUGCGGGUUUGUAACAACAUGAGAGUGUGUAAAUGAUGACAAAAUGUUCAUUUUUGGGUGAACUAUCCCCUGACCUCACUGAAAGAGACAUGCGACACACAGCAAGAAAGUCGCUGGCGUUCUGAACGGAGAGUAAAUCGUCUUUAAAUGUCACAAUUUCUGGUCGUAAUGAGAGUAAAACUUUCUACUGUUUAAGUGGCAAACUUCUGUGUGUUGCAGCAUUUAUUAAAAUAUAUAUUUUCCACCUCCACCUGUAAAUUUGCAGUUUCCAUCCUGAUGUUUUUAUGCAUAUUUUGAAAUUACACAAACAGCCGGAUGGAAACACGAAUAUAGGCUUAUGUAACAUUAUUAUGUUGAGAAUUUAUAUAAUGCUAAUUUAAUUUUCAUGUUUUCAUCAUACUGUUUAAAAAUGUUUUAAGAAAUGGAUUGACAUUGCUAUUAAAAAAAUAUUUUAAACAAUU